AUGCCUGUAGGCACAUCGAAUACUGUAGUUAAAUGUCAUAGUUGUCGACGACCAGAAACAACUGACCGUGUAAAAUUAGUGGAAUUGAGUAGUCAUAUAGCUGUUCUGAACACAGAAGAAAAUACGUUGAAAAGUCUUCAUCGUCAAUUAGAAAUCAGAAUGAGAAGAUUUUUACAUCGAACAAGAAAUUCAAUAUUAAUGCAAGAAAAACUAUUAAAUUUGGAAAAACAUACACAAAAAGAAUUAUUAACUGUUGAAAAUUUGGUUACAGCAAAUAUAUUUCGAGGUUUGGAACAACAACAACUGGAACAAUUAAAAAACUGCUCAUCAAAUAUUGAUCGAAUACAACAAAGUAAUAAACAUUUGCAAACGGAUAUCAAUAAUAUAUGCGAGGAUAUAUUGAAAUUGGAAAAAGAAUUUGAUCGAGAAAAAUUCCAACAUGGUGGUCAAUAUGGCAAUGAAUAUCGAAUGAGACGAGAUCAUACACAAUUGACAAGAACUGAAGAUCGCUUACAUCGAAUGAAUCUUGAACUGAAUACAAUCCGUUCCCAUAAUUCUGAUUUACGCUCUUAUAUUAAGCGUAUGUUAGAAAAACGAGGUGAAAUGAUCAAAGAAUAUGAUCGACUAACAGCUAUCAUGGAGAAUGCCACAGAUGAAUUAAGAAAGCUAACAACAGAAUGUUCGGAAAGUUUUGAGAAUAGACGAAAUUUAGUAGCUAGGAUGCAUGCAAUGAAAGAUCAACAUGAAAAAGAAGAAAAAAAAUUACUUGAAGAUAUUCGAGAAUUAGAUCGUUUGUUAGAAACCAAUUAUGCAUCAAAAAAUUUCAUCUUACAAAAGUCAAAUGUGAGGAAACAACAAAUUAGUUUAAAUGAUGCAUUCGCUGGAAAACGCUCAAGUGGAGUUAAAAAUGCUUAUACAGCUGAUGAAUUUCGUCGAUUAUUUCAUAAUGUAUUUGGACAAACUUUUAUUAAAGACAAGGAUCUGAAGCGUGCUGUCGAAACAUUUUUAGCCGAACAAGAUAAAACAUUUUCAUUAUUUGAAUAUGCCGUGGAAUUAAUCAACGAACUCAAUCGACUACGUGAAACUCUUGACAUUAAACGUAAACGUAUUGUAAGCGCAUUUUCAAAAGAUAAUGUCGAUUCAUUAGUUGUUAAAGAUGUAUUUGCGAUGUUGGAGCAUUCUGUAAGUGACGCUAGUAAAAAUGUUCAGUCAUUACAAAGUGCAAAAGAAAAUGGACGUCAACUACUGGAUUUUGCUUAUCAACUGUUAAAACAAUUAUUUCGCGAUAUCGGCUGUGACCAACGUAUCAUUUCAACAUUUUCAAAUCAGUCAGAGUCUGUGAAUGAUCAAAAUAUUCUAUUAUAUUUAGCGUUGAUUGAAAGUCGCGUACAGCAAGUUUUAGCGGUGAAUAAGCGGGGAGCGUCUGAUGAUUCAACAACAAUUAGUUGGAGAACAAAUCAACAUACACAAUUAUUUUCAAAUAUGUCAACGAAACAGACAACUGAUAUUCACGAAUUAGAUCUUGUCACGCCAAAAAUAUCAACUGAUGUAAAAAAACUGGAAGAAUUACUCGAUGAUUUACCGAUUUCAAAUGAUGAUAGAACGAAAAUGAAUUCUGCCGAUGAAAAAAAAUUUCGUGGGGAAGUUAUUGAUACCGUUUUACAAGCGUAUCGCGAAAGAAAUUUUGUAUCAGAAAAAACUGAUUUGAUAAAAUUCGAAGAAGUGAAGGAAUAA